AUUCCUAGUAUCCUUAGCAUGACAAAAUAACGGCAUUAAAUCUUGUACGCAUAGAUUAUGUCUGUUGAUCACAUAAAUCUGUUAUGCCAUCCAUUCACACGCCAUCCAGGGUUUGAGUUUCUUUUCAAACGACACGAGGAAGGCUGCUACUAUGGAGUAGGUAUGUCCCUAGUUAACCAAUAAAGAUAAAAAAAUGGUUGAUUUGAUUAAUGACAAAUCCACUCCAAAGGAUGAGGUUUCUCAAAGCCCAGCUCUAAUGGCUGAAUUUUAUGUCGAGCCUGUUCUAAAGAAUGACGUUAACAAACUAAUUCUAAAGGAUGAAACAUAUGAUCAGACAGUUCUAAAAGUUGAGGCUAAAGACGAGACAGUUCUAAAGGCCACGACUACACAGGGCAUCAGCCCCAAGCCUACCAUGUCUACUUCUGUAUGCUACAAGUUAUCAGCUGACACACGGCCUGAACAUGACGUAUUCACAAGCGAAUGUCGGGAACGAUGCGGUAUUUUAAAAUUGGUCAGUGUACUCUUCGCUUUAUUGCUAAUAUUAGUGUUGGUGUUUACCGUAAGGACACGCAGGUCAAGAGUGACGAGAUCGCCGGCAUUCUGAAUAUACCACUAUGA